AUAAGAUCAACAAUUCUUUCUUGAAAGCGCGUGUUGAUUUUGGGAACAUUCCCAUUGAUCCAAUACAUUCCGCUUCCAUCCAAAUACGAAUCGGAGUCAAUUCCCUUGUUGGAAGUGUUCCUCCUUCUAAGGAUUAUUCUUCGAUUCAUAAGGUGAUGGCUUCCGAGGAAGGUAUUGACAUGUCAAGUUUGAAGUCUCAAUUAAGCGAAAUACAGACGACUUUGAAGCAAGACAUGGAAGGAAACCAGUCUAAAGUUGAUGCUCUACAAUCAAAUUUGUUGGAUGUAAAGACAUGUGUACAAGGGUCAGGGGAGAACACAAGAAAGGAGUUGGAGGUUCUCUGGCGAAUAGUUAAAACUACGGCAACAAUGUUGACUUACUUAAAAACAAAAGCUAGAAUAAUGGCUAUUCCUUGUUUAGCCCACACAUCUUGUGGAAUCAGACAAUUAGACGGUGUGGGGCUUGUUGACAAAAAUGGAGUGCCACAAUCUGGCUGGUCAAGUGGCAUUGAUCUCUCUUUCUUUGAUAAUGUAGAUGAUGGUGCAUUGAUUGGAAUCAGCUGUCAACAUGAAUCAAUUGAUGAACAAGAUGCAACUUAUGUUGGUGAAGUUCUAAAAAUUGUAGAUACGGUUACUGACGUAAUGGAAAAGCUAGUUAAAAGGGUCAUUAUGGCAGAAUCUGAAACUUCUUUUCAGAAAGAAAAGGUGAUACUGGGGCAGGAAGAGAUGAGAAUGAAGAUGCAGCAAAUUGAGGACAUGUCCAUGAAACUGGAGGAAAUGGAAAAGUUUGCUCUUGGAACAAAUUGCAUACUAAAUGAGAUGAAACAGAGAGUUGAAGACUUGGUUGAUGAAACCUCUAUACAGAGGCAGAGAGCAGCGGAAAAUGAACUGGAGCUUUCUCGAGUUAAACAAGAUUUUGAAUCCUUGAAGUCUUAUGUUAGCACUCUUAUCAAUGUGCGGGAGACACUCGUAUCAUCUGAGAAGCAAUUCCAAACAAUAGAGAGACUCUUUGAGAGGCUAGUUGCGAGGACAAGUCAAUUGGAAAGCGAGAAAAUGCAAAAAGAAGUGGAAGUUCAGAAACUCAUGGAAGAGAAUGUGAGGUUGAGUUCAUUGCUCGACAAGAAAGAGUCCCAACUUUUGGCCAUGAAUGAACAAUGCAAGGUGAUGGCCUUACAUUCAUCUGGCAUCUAAUAUGUGUACUAAUUUGUCUAGACUCAUUUUGUUUGUCUUCUUAUUGUCCUACCCCCGCGUUUAUAACCAAUCCAUCUAAUUGGGUUUCCUUUUGAAGCCCAGUCAAUAAAAGAUGGACAAGCUAGACUGUAAUGUUACAUGUAUGAUCUUUCCUCCUGAUUUGAAAUGAAUCAUGUUCAUAGAUGUGAAGUUUACAUGUAGGUUUGAUCUAUUUGUAUAAUAUGAUGAAAGAAAGGCAGAUGCCUGGUUUGAUCUAUUUGUAUAACUUUGCAACUAUGUCCAGAUUCAGCUGAAACAAUAUUACUUUUGUUAUUCA